UAUCUUACAUCUUUCUUUUUUUCUUUUUUUCUUUUUUUCGUUUUUGUUCUUUUUCAUUCAUGUAUCGACACUCAUUCUCUUCUCCAACAAUGAAAGGUUGGCUUUUGCAAAAAUCUAGAAUUGGUUUACGUAAAACACGAAUACGAUACUAUUUUAUACUGGAAUCUCAACAAUUACGAUCCUAUAAAACAAACCGACCGGAUGCUUUACCUAUAUCUUCUAUUGAUUUAUCUGAAUAUGAAUUACAAAUCCAAUCCUCUGCCAAGCAAUUCACUUUUCAAUUGAUUCAUCAAACUAACAAAUCAUCCGCCAAUACUACACCAACCUCAUCUUCUUUUCCUUCAGCCAACCUCGAUCUUCAAGCAGAAAAUGAGUUGGAUUGGAGCCAUUGGGUCGACACAUUGGAACAUUAUGUAGGCGAUCAUCAUCACACUGUCAACAACAUAUCCAGCAAUAUUGGUUCCUAUGACGAUCAAAAUCAAGUAGAUGUGUUGGACAAAUGGCUUGGACGUUAUGAUUUGAUGGUACCUAGUACUGAUCGAUUCACACCCUCUCUUCUAUCAUUGGCACCUUCCUCAACGUAUGACAAUAACGAUGACGUUGAUGAUUCGAAUUCCAUCAGCUCACGAAUACCUACUACACUUGAUCAACCAUCCUCUUCGGAAUCAUUAUCAUCUCCUCCAAGUAAACAACGUCGAUUCUUGGGUUUCUUAUCAUCCAUCACUGCCAAGAAAAGCAAAUCAACUUUAAAUGAUAUCGAUGACUUCUAAUAUCCUUUGACAUAAGAAUCUUUUUUAUGGAUUGAAUCAAGACUGAACUUGUUUGACACACGUUAUCGUCAUUAUAUCUCACCUUUUUAUCUCAGAGAUAUCUUUUUUUUUUUUUGGUCAUGUUGACAUGAUUGUUUUUACUUUAGACUCUACGUUCAUUUUAUAUUCUACUCUCAGUAAUACCUUAGUUUAUGAUACCAUUUUAUAAUAUUGAAUAAA